CUUGAAAGUGCGUCAUGGCGUCCAUGCUGCUCCGGCGAGCGCGCCCGCUUCUCGCCUCGGCGCGUCACUCGUUCUCGACGCAGCGCGUCACGCGGCUGUCGCAGGUCGUUGACAAGAAGUGGCAGGCCGUUGACAAGAAGUGGCAGGCGGCGUGGGAGGCCAAGCACGAGGCCAAGACGCUGGCGCCCGCGACGUCCGACAAGCCCAAGUUCUACUGCCUGUCCAUGUUCCCAUACCCGUCCGGGCAGCUGCACAUGGGCCACGUGCGCGUGUACACGAUCAGCGACACGAUGGCGCGCCUCCGCCGCAUGCAAGGCUAUGAUGUGCUGCACCCGAUGGGCUGGGAUGCGUUUGGCCUUCCGGCCGAGAACGCGGCCAUUGAGCGUGGCGUGUCACCGGCUGACUGGACGCUCUCCAACAUCGCCGAGGCGAAGCGCCAGAUGAAGAACCUCGGCAUCAUCUUUGAUUGGAGCCAAGAGGUCACGACGUGCCAGACCGACUACUACAAGUGGACGCAAUGGAUCUUCCUCGAGUUUCUCAAAAAAGGCCUCGCCUACCGGAAGGAAGCGAUGGUCAACUGGGACCCGAUCGAUCAAACCGUGCUUGCCAACGAACAGGUCGACGCGCAAGGCCGGUCGUGGCGGUCGGGUGCGAUCGUCGAGCAGCGUGCACUCUCGCAGUGGUUUCUCGGUAUCACGCAGUACGGCGACGAGCUCUUGAACGGCAUCGAUACGCUCACCGAGUGGCCGGACGCUGUCAAGCGCAUGCAAGCGGCGUGGAUCGGUCGUUCCGAAGGCGCCCAAGUCCACUUUGACUUGCCGGUCCUCGGUGACAAGCAACUCACUGUCUUUACGACGCGUGUCGAGACGCUUCUGGGCGUGUCGUAUGUGGCCGUGUGCCCCGAACACGACCUCAUGGACGAGCUUCUGGCUCACGUUCCAACGUCGCAGCGCGCUGCCGUGGAUGCUUUCAUCGCACGUACCAAGGCGCUGACCAAGGACCAACGCAACAACGGUGACACGAGCUCGGGCGUCAACACGGGCUUGACUGUCGUGCACCCCAUCACCAAGCAAGAGGUGCCCGUGUACUUGGCUGAGUACGUUCUCCCGGGUGUCGGGACCGGUGCCGUCAUGGGUGUUCCCGCCCACGACGACCGUGACGCGGUCUUUGCUGGCCACCACGACCUUGCGUCGCCCCGCGUCUUGACGGACGACAACGUUCUCUGCGACAGCGGCGCCUUCUCGGGCUUGUCCGCUGACGCUGCCAAGAUUGCCAUCAUUGCGCACCUCCAAGCGGGCGACCACGGUGACGCCCAUGUCCAGUACCGCCUCCGCGACUGGCUCGUCUCUCGCCAGCGCUACUGGGGCGCGCCUGUCCCGGUCAUUCACUGUCCGCGCUGCGGCCCGGUCGGUGUGCCCGCGGCGGACUUGCCGGUCGAGUUGCCGCCGCUGACCAACCCCGAGGAAGAUCUGCGCGGGAAGGGCGGGUCGCCGCUCGCACGCAUGGGGCACUGGAAGCACUGCAGUUGCCCGGCGUGCGGUGGUCCCGCCGAGCGCGAUACGGACACGCUCGACACGUUCGUCGACAGUUCCUGGUACUUUCUCCGGUACGGCGACGCGACGAAUGGUGACGCGCCGUUCACGCAGCCGAACCUGACCAAGUGGAUGACGAACGGCGUCGACUUGUACAUUGGCGGCAUUGAGCACGCGAUUCUGCACCUGCUCUACUCGCGCUUCGUGACCAAGUUCCUUGCCGACACACACAACGUGCCGACGUCCGAGCCGUUCAAGAAGCUGCUCGCGCAGGGCAUGGUGCUGGGCCGGACGUACAAGAGCCCCGAGUCGCUCCGGUUCCUCAAGCCGCACGAAAUCGCCGUCGACGACGACGGCACCGUGCGCGAAGCGGCGACCGGGAACGUCGUCGUCACGGCGUGGGAAAAAAUGUCCAAGUCCAAGUACAACGGCGUGGACCCAGAGGACAUUUACCGCCAGUAUGGCGCCGACGUCGCGCGUCUCCUCGUGCUCUUCAAGGCACCGCCGGCGCACGAACUCGAGUGGGACGAAGCCGACUUGCUCGGCCAAUCGCGCUGGCUCAUGCGCAUCUGGGGCCUUCUCUACGACCAUCUCGACGCCCCCUCGACCACUUUCGAUGCCAAGGACGAGAAGGAGCUGUCGCUGGCCGUGCACACGGCCAUUCAAAAGGUCACCAACGCGCUCGAGGAGACGCAGUCGUUCAACGUUGCGAUCGCCGAACUCAUGAAGCUCUCCAACAAGAUGGGUCAAUUGAGCCAUCUCGCUGGGUCGCCGGCCUAUGCCCACGCUGUGCGCUCGCUCGUGACGAUGCUGUCGCCCCUCGCGCCCCACAACGCGUCGGAGAUGUACGCGACGCUGGACCCGGCAUCCGCUGUGGACGUGCACGAUCUGCCGUGGCCCGUCCACGACCCCAAUGUACUCGCGAGCGCCGAGAUGCACGUGGUGAUCCAGAUCCGCGGCAAGACCCGCGAGACGAUGCAGGUGCCGGCCGACGCCGACGAGGCGACGCUCCGGGCGCUCGCCAUGACGCUGCCCAGCGUGCAAAAGCACGUGGGGACAGCAGCAAGAUCCGCAAGGUCAUUUUUGUGCCCUCGCGCAAGCAAGGCCAGCACGCGCUCCUCAACUUUGUCGUUUAGGCUUGCGAUGGGAUACUAGUUGUUCAAAAGGCUAUCCGUGGA